GAGCACUAAAUGUCUACAAGGUCUCCUCCGUUCUGUGCGGUGCACUGGUCUGUGGUGUAAAAGUCUAUAUGUUUUAGACCCGGAAUACUACAUACUUCUACAUACGUACACAUCCAUACAUACAUACAUACGUUACAAUACAUAAAGACAAGAGCAGACAUCAGACCGACCGACCGACCAACCAACCAACACCAACGACGUAAAACAAAAUCGGAAAAUCGCGGUCGCGCAUCGUGAGAAAAGAGCGCUGGCAAACGAAAUCGGCAGUUGUUUUUCUGUUGUUUCUUGUUACAUACAUACACAUACACACACAUUUUUGUUUUUGUUUUUACUGCUUGUUUGAUAUCAUUCUUCAUCAAUUCAUUGUCGUUCGCGUUGAUUGAAGAAUAGUGAGUGAGUGAGUGAGUGAGUGCAAGUGAGUGAGUCAAGGCAGGUAGAAGGGGCGGCGGUGGCAACGAAGAAAACGACGACGGAGACGACGACGACGACAACAACGACGACGUUAUAGAAGAGCAGAAAGAACGGCGUUUUACGUGUGGUGACGCCGUGGCGUCCGUCUUAUGUAUUUGAUAUUUAUUUGCUUCCUACACCUCCCAGUCUACAUUACCAUUAUUUAAUAAUAUCUUUCAUCGCUCGGACGUUUUAUAUCAUCAUCAUCAUCACCAUCAUUACUAUCCAGAACAACAACAGUAGCAGCAGGAGCAACGACAAACACCGAAAACCGAUUGCACCAUCCCAUUUCUCUUGGCUAUAAUAAAUAAAUACGACUCUAACGAUAACACCGAUACACGAAGAUGGAUCCUAAGGGCAAGUCAGUCGACAAGAACAGAAAUGGUGAUGAGAACGAGCCCAACAACAAAUUGAACAACAAUGUAAAUAGCGUCAGCGGCGGUGGUGGUGCCGCACAGCCGCCUCCUACGACGCCGCUCAACAAGACGUCGCUGACGGCGGGCACCGUUCAAGGACCGAUGGUCAAGAAGGACAAAAGAAAUUCCAGUUCGCGUUUCAACAUCACCAAGAACAGGGAACUGGGAAUACUUCCCUGUCUCAAAGAUUCGGCUCCAGCUGAAAGGGAGGAGCUAUUCAUCGAGAAGCUGAGACAAUGCUGCGUUCUGUUCGAUUUCGCCUCGGAUCCGCUGUCCGAUCUGAAAUGGAAGGAGGUGAAGCGAUCCGCGCUGCACGAGAUGGUCGAAUUCGUGUCACAGCAGAAGGGAGUCAUCACAGACGCCAUUUAUCCGGAGGCGGUCAACAUGUUUGCGACGAACCUGUUUCGCACGUUGCCGCCAUCCUCGAACCCGAACGGAGCCGAAUUCGAUCCGGAGGAGGACGAACCGACGUUGGAGGCGGCCUGGCCGCAUCUGCAACUCGUCUACGAUCUGUUCUUGCGCGUCCUGGAGGCGCCCGACUUUCAGCCGACUGUCGCCAAGCGUUUCAUCGAUCAAAAGUUCGUGCUGAAUCUGCUCGACCUGUUCGACUCGGAGGACCCGCGCGAGCGCGACCUUCUGAAAACGACGCUGCACCGGAUCUACGGCAAGUUCCUCGGUCUGCGCGCCUUCAUCCGCAAGCAGAUCAACAACGUGUUCUAUCGUUUCAUCUACGAGACGGAGCACCAUAACGGCAUCGCCGAGCUGCUCGAGAUACUCGGCUCGAUCAUCAACGGAUUCGCGCUUCCACUCAAGGAGGAGCACAAGAUAUUCCUUCUGCGCGUCCUCAUGCCGCUGCAUAAGGUCAAAUCCCUUUCGGUAUAUCAUCCGCAGCUCGCAUACUGCGUGGUGCAAUUCCUCGAGAAGGACCCCAGCCUGACGAAGCCCGUCAUCGAUGGACUACUCAAGUAUUGGCCGAAGACGCACAGCCCGAAGGAAGUGAUGUUCCUCAACGAACUCGAGGAAAUACUGGACGUCAUCGAACCGGCCGAAUUCCAGAAGAUCAUGUCGCCUCUGUUCAGACAACUCUCCAAGUGCGUCAGUUCGCCUCACUUUCAGGUUGCGGAGCGUGCACUCUACUAUUGGAACAACGAGUACGUUAUGUCGCUGGUGUCGGAGAACGCAGCCGAAAUCAUCCCCAUCAUGUUCCCGAGUCUCUAUCGUAACAGCAAGAGCCACUGGAACAAGACCAUCCACGGUCUCAUCUAUAACGCUCUCAAACUUUUCAUGGAGAUGAACCAGAAGCUCUUUGACGAGUGCUCGCAGCAGUACAAGCAGGAAAGGCAAAAGGAACGGGAAAGGCAGCACAAGCGUGACGAGCUUUGGCUGCAGGUCGAGAGUCUGGCAGCCAGGAAUCCGGACUUUGAAGGACUCAUUAAGCAGAUGCAGCAGGAUCAGCAGACUCAGCAGCAUCAGCACCUUUUCCAUCUUCAGCAGCAAAAGCAGCAAAACACCGAUUACAACAGCAGCAGCAGCGCCGCCAACAGUCCCGACGACGAUGGCGACGUCAACAUCGAGACCAUCGACCACGACACUUCCGAGGCGAGUCGCAAGGUGCGCAACCCGACCAAGCCCCUGGUGAGACGCAAGUCCGAGCUUCCCCAGGACCAGUACACCGUGAAGGCGCUCAACGAGCAUAAAAGGGCCGACGAGUAUUUAGCAACGCCACCGGACGUGAAUCAAUGCUAGUCCUCAAAUUGACGUUCGGCGGACUCGGCUCGGAAUAAUAAUGGGAGGAGUAAAAGGAGGAGGUGGAGGAGGAGGAGGAAACGAAAAGGAAGAAGAAAGAGGAGGAGGAGGAGGAGGAUAGCGAUGAUGAAUAGUAGUAGUCGCAUGCUGCAAAGUCAUCGUCGUCGGAGGCGGUGACGGUGAGCGCGCGCGGGCUACCAUCACCACCACCAACAACAAUAACAAUAACAUUAACAACAAAACCCGAUCAACCCACUCAUCUCAUCACCUAAACACUAACAUACCAUACAUAUACAUACAUAUAUAUUAUACACACAUACUUUACACUAAAUUACAUUGUGUGAAAAGCAACGCGCUUUUUUCUAUGAUGAUCCUUUAUUUUUAACAUUAAUAAUCUGCUGCAAAGUAGUAAACGCCAACAAUAUCACGCGAUAUCCCGUUUUAAUUUUAUUUCGUU